AUGUCAGACGAAUUGCAGCGGAUCCUCUCUAUAGAGGAGUCAGCGUUGAAUCGGAAUACUGAAAUUGACAGGAUUUUGAAAUGUCCAGAUCUGGACUAUUUUGCUGUAAUGGAGAUAAACCCUUUAGCCAUCUCAAUUGAAGAGUUGGUUUCGCUAGUCAAGAAGAUUUAUCGCAAAAAAUCAUUAUUGAUACACCCUGACAAAACGGACCAUCCAGAAGCUUCUAAGGCAUUUGAUAAAUUAAAAAAAGCCGAGCAAGUGCUUUCUGCGACUGGUGAAGAAGAUGACAAGUACAAAGAGAAGCACCGAUUAUACUCAAUAUACAAAGCGGCGGCCCAAUCAACAACAACCAGCGACAUGUCUCAAAAUUUCGACUUUUAUGAUGAAACCAAUGUGAAAGUAAGACAAAAAGUUGAUGAGAUUCUUUUGGAUGAGUUGAAUCAAUUGGAUUUACAAAAGUUGGCUAAACAAACAGAAGAGAUGCGGAAACACGACUUUCAAAAGCAAUUGAACAAAGAGCGGGAGUUGAAAAGGCAAAUGGAAGCAAAAUGGGAGCAAGAUAGAGACUAUAGAGUAAAUAAUUGGAGAAAGUAUUCAAACAAGAUUGAAAAAAAACAGAAACAGAAACAGAAACAGAAACAGAAAAAGAAAAAGCCAGAGGUGUUGGUUUGA